AUGGCGCCGGCGCGGGACGAUGAGAACGCGAUGGUGCGCGGGAAAGCGGCGCGCGCGAGCGGGCGCGAAAGCGCGGGACUUGGGGUCGGGAAGACGGCGGCGGCGAAGACGCCGGGGCGAGCGGCGCUGGGGAACAUCACGAACGUCGGCGUCGGGGGGCGAGGCGCGAGCGAACGCGCGCGGGCGAAGGAGGGGAGCGAGGGCGUGAGGGCGCGACAGAGCGCGAGGGCGGGCGAGGCGAAGAGGGCGGAGGCGGAGUCGUCGUCGUUUUUGGAGAGCGUCAAGGCGAAGUUGACGCCGGCGGAGGCCGUAGAGAUUCGGCGACUCGCCGAGCGGUACGUGGAUGAAACGGACGAUAUCGAAUACUUUGCGGGAAAGACGCGGGAGGAGCAAAUGAAGGAGUUAGAGGCGACGCAACGCGCCGACGUGGAGGCGCGCGUACGCGAUUUGCUCGGCGACGGUCGAGGGUACGGGCCCUCGUCCGUUCCGGCGCGCUCGACGAGCGCGGAUGACGCUUUCUUCCAGACCGGCGUGAAGCAUUUGAAGUUAGCCGACGACGUGGGCGCGGGAUCGUUCGAGUUGGGGAUGACCAAGGACGACGAGUUGGAUUUGUGCAACUUUAUGAGUCCGUCCAAGGCGAUGGGCGACGACGACUACGACGACGGCAUGGAUUUGCUCCGCUCGGCGCCGUCGAUCGAUGAGGCUUUGGCAUUUUUGGACGACGAUAUCGAUGCCAUGCUCGCGGCGUGA